UUUCCCAUCAGAAAUCUCAUGCAAAUUGCUGGUUUUUAUAAUACGAAUGCAUCAUGUGCAUAAAUAAGGGGUGCAGAGCAACGGCAGAGGAUUGAGGCAACUGCACCACCAGCCACUGAGCUCUGCCUCCCUCCGCCCCCACCCCUUUUCUCAGAGAACAGGACGUCCGAACAGAGAAAAAAUCAAGUGCAGUUCGCAGAUUUUUUCCUCUGCAAAUUCUCUGGGAGGCGGUGGAGGGCUCAGCUUUUCUAGGGGGCGCAGAUCUCGAAGCCCUUCCUCUUCAUUCCUCUCUCUCUCUCUGCGAUCUACCACUCCGAAAAGUCCUGUAUUGUCCUCUGUUCUGGUUGCUUCUCCUAAAAGUUCUCCCUUCCUCGUCACCCAUCGAUCCGUCUCGCCCUCUUCAUCGACACACAUUGUGCUUCAUCUUCAUUCGUUUGCUUUGGUUACUCAAAAGGGUCCACUCCAACUUCUUGGUGGAGCAAAUCUACACUCAUUUUUGCCUCAAUCCCUAAUUGGGUAGUGGGAUUUCCAUUGCUGUAAGAAUAAAGGGAGGCAUGGGCAUGCUCUGCUUCUUCACCAAUUCCCUCACUGUGCUCUCCAGCCUUGUCGUCCUCUCCAUUUCCAGAGGUGCUUCUGGGGCAACUUUCACAUUUGUCAACAAGUGCGACUUCUCAGUCUGGCCAGGGAUCCUAUCUAGUGCGGGCAGUCCCAAGCUGGCCAGCACCGGAUUCGAGUUGUCUAAAGGCGGCUCGAGGUCCUUCCAGGCGCCGACAGGGUGGUCCGGCCGCUUCUGGGGGCGUAGCGGCUGCGAUUUCGACGACUCGGGCCGUGGCUCAUGUGCCACUGGGGACUGCGGCUCCGGUGAGGUCGAAUGCAACGGAGCCGGCGCGACGCCGCCGGCUACUCUGGCAGAGUUCACGCUCGGCUCCGGCUCUCUGGACUUCUAUGACGUGAGCCUGGUCGAUGGGUACAAUUUGCCAAUGAUUGUUCAAGGCACUAGCGAAUCAGGUGCUUGUGCCACCACCGGAUGUCAGACAGACCUGAACCUACAGUGUCCAAAGGAGCUGAAGGCUGAGGAUGGCACGGGGUGCAAGAGCGCCUGUGAGGCAUUCGGGAGCCCGGAGUACUGCUGCAGCGGCCCAUACAGCUCGCCUGCCACCUGCAAACCUUCAAUGUACUCCCAGAUAUUCAAGACGGCAUGCCCCAAAUCAUAUAGCUAUGCUUAUGAUGAUGCCACUAGUACUUUCACUUGCAGUGAUGCUGAUUAUACCAUUACCUUUUGUCCCACCUCUCCAAGCCAAAAAUCCGCCGCAGAUUCUUCUCCUCCGAAGACAAACGGAACAACAGAGAAUCCAGAUACAGGAUCAGAUUCCGGGUCUGAGUCUGGGUCUGAGUCUGGGUCUGGGUCUGUGUCGGAUCCUGUGCCGGUUCAGGAGACUGCAUUUGCCGCUUCAUGGCUGGCCAAUAUGGCAUAUGGUGACUCUACUAGAACCCAGCCUCCCACAGCCGUUCAAUUAGCAAUUUCUCUAGCAGUCUCUCUCACCCUCCUUACCAUCUCACACUUGUAGUCCCUCUGUCUUUCUUUCACUUUCCUCCCACUUCCUUGCAAAACCAUAACAUAAAAAAGGAUGCCCAAAACUCAAGGGAGAGGAUUUCGAUGUGAUGGGAAUUUGCUUGGAGAGGAAAAAAAGGUUGGCACAAUCGAGAUUGUAAACCUCUACCUUCCCAUUUCUGCAUAAUUAAUGGUGAUCUUACAAAGUAUUAGAUAAAGCAUUCAUUUUGGAAAAGGGAAAGAAAGAUGUCUCUUUUUGUUUCUCUGGCAGCCCUCUCCUUUCGUUUCAGCUUGUCUAUGGGGAGUGACUGAACCACUAUGCCUGCAACUGCUGGAGUAAAAGCAAAGGAAUCAAGCUGCAAAGCAAAACAUUUUGGACCCAGAAAAAGGAAAAGAAGAAAACAAAUGCCUGGAAAUUUUUUAUGCUCUUUCUUUGCCUUUUCUUUUUUCAAUUGGUGGGAGGGGAAUGUGAGGACGAGAAAGCGACUGCCUUUUGGAGGUGAAUCUCAGUGGGUGGGUGCAGUGGAGGAUGGUGGAAGUCCACUUUGCGAGAGCUACAAGCCUCGUGAAUAAAUAAUAUGAUCCGUCUCUCUCUAAGCUGAGGAGAAGCACUUGGGACUAUGCCUUUGCUUUUACUUCAAGAUUUGCUCUGCAAGAUGAAGUGGAAUAGGGUAGAAAUUCAGCAAUAUAGGCACGCCUAGAGAGCGCCCUUU